CAGCCAGCCCUGUCAGGAGAGAGUGUGUGUCGGUUUGUACGUGUGAGUGGACGCAGGGGCUAGCCUAAUAACACAGUCUCCAGCAGCACAGCCAGUCAGGGCACUCGUCCACUCGCCAAAGUGUGUUUGUGUGUGUCUGUGUGAGUGCGCGCAUCUGUCUGUGUGUGUGUGUGUGUGUGUGUGUGUGUGUGUGAGGAGACAAACCGGAGGGAAACCUGCUGAUCAGAGGAAGAGGUGUUUAUCCUUACACUCUGGACUGAAGACAAUCAACUAGCCAGAGAGUCAGUGACAGACAGACAGAGUGAGUAACUUUUUCCAGAGGUGGAUGUGUUGUGGUAGAGGACAUGCUCUUAGAACCAGCCAGCUGAAGUGGAUCUUACUACUGUGUUGACAGAGAACUCUGAAGAAACUUUCGGCUCUCUUGCGAGGACUUCAGGAGUGUCAGUCUGAGAAAGUGUGUGUGUGUGUCUGCCGGUGCGUAUCGUCAUGGACCAGCCGGCCAGUAGCUGCAUGCGAAGCACCCAUCCUGGCAGCCCAAUCUGGGGGUGCGUGAGGAACGGUCACCCCGGAGCCGGGCUACAGUCACCCUACCAGCAGGCUCCUUUCUCCCUGCACCAGAAGCCCGAGUUCCUGGCCUACACAGACUUCCCCACCUCCUGCCUGGUUCCCGCGCCCCACGCCGCCUACGCCCGCGACGACAGACUCUACCCGGAGGCCCACGCGGGCUUCCAGCGGGCCGACUGGCAGUUCCCUCCCUGUGAGUCCCGGGGCCGUGGGCAGGAGGCUUGUCCGGUGGCGCCCGUGGCCGUGGGUUCCGGCGGAGUGGUGGGUGGCGUUGGGGGGGAGAUGGACAGUGCCGGAGGGGACAGGUUGCCAGGGGCGGCGCCCACGUGCCUGGAGGGAGAGUAUUCACCACAGGGCAUGGCAUCGGCUGACCCAGAGAAGAAGAGCGCCAAGAGGAAGAGAGACGUAACAGAUAUUCACGACUCCAACUUUAAAGUGGACUCCAACUGCAAAGCCAGGAAAGAGCGUACAGCGUUCACCAAAGAGCAGCUCCGGGAACUGGAGGCAGAGUUCACACACCACAACUACCUGACCAGACUCCGCCGCUAUGAGAUCGCUGUCAAUCUGGACCUCACAGAGAGACAGGUGAAGGUGUGGUUCCAGAACAGAAGAAUGAAGUGGAAGAGGGUGAAAGGAGGGCAGCCAGCUUCUCCUAACGACCUGGAGACAGAUGACAUGGACUCGGCUGCCUCACCCAGCUCAGAGUAAAAUCUCCGAUACCCACUGGACAUGCGUAGAGAACACGGGCCAUCCCAGGAGCGUUGACUGCCGGAACGCCGUAUUUCUAGGGGCUUACGCAGUCUGAGCCCAUGUGUUUCCUAUUGUAAAUACUUUACUGGCCGGACAGUGAAAGUCUUAUUUUUUUGUAACUCCUGUUGAAUGAGGACAAUAUUAGAACUAAAAAGAGGUUGUACACAAUUUUUUUCUGUACCUCCUACGAUCUAACCCCUGGAGCUUCAGGUGGGAGUAUUGGAAAUGAAGGAAUUAACCAGUCAGAGAAAGUAGAGGCUGACAAUGUGAGAGACAAUACCUUGUGGUGGCAUGUCAGGCACCUGAUUUGAUUUGAGAACAUCUGCUCUGUUGUCACUUCCUCAUUAUGGCCCAGAAAGCUUGAUUACAACCACCUGCAGAUAAUGCCUCAAAAUCUGAUUUUUUAUUUUUUGUUGAAAAUAUACUUUUUCUGUGUCUGUCUUCCUUUUUAGUUUACUUUUAUGAUAUUGAUAAAACACAGAUGUUGCUUAUUGAAAUAUGCAAAAAAUGAAUAAAUCAUUUAAAGUAAUGGAGAAAAUACUUUCAUAAAUUCUUCCAAACAGGCUCAUGGAAGUUAUAAGAGAUUUGGCUGGAUUAAACCAAUGAGUUGGCAUUUUAAGUUUAUUUAGUCCAAUCUCUAUGACAACUUUCUGCAGAUGUCUGUCU